CAGCAUCCAGACGAUUGCGGAGCCUCAUUACCCCCCAGAGCAGCAGGUGCAGUAAGCGUCAAGCUGCUACCCACCUUUGUGAGACUGUCGAGCUGGUGCCCCCAGAGAUUGCUGUCCAUGCUUUUGGUGCGACUCGGAACCGGAUUCUUUGGUGGGUUGUGGGAAAAUUAUGGCUCUUGUUGGGUGCGGAACCAGCUGGACUAGGAUGUCCGUUAAAAAUUUACUUUCACUCCACCGGCAUUCCAUGUUACAUGAACGACAACAUCGCUCACAUCCUAAAGUCAUUCGGGCCUUGAGUGGAAUCCUUCUCUCUUUCCAAAUGACUGCGAUGUGUAGCGGUGGGAACCUAUGAGGGUUUUAUAGGUUGGGUUUUAUGGGGAAGGGUUGUGGGGAGACAAUAAUGGAGGCGUCUUUAUAAUGCUCCUUUUGGAUGUGGCUGGAUUCCGUGUGUAGAUUGAUAUUUCAUUCCCAGUCCAUUGGCAUUUAUUUGUCAGGUUCCAAUCGACCAAUCUCGCCAAUGUUGUGAGGUUUUUCUCUCUCCCUGAAGCUGUGUUCCUCGACACGUGACUCUGGGGGGUUCUUGGCUCGGAUGGGUUUGUCCAUAACUGCAUCCCAAGUAGAAACCAUGUAGGUUACAUAUUGAUGUUGUUGUAAUGGCUCAGCAAGCGCACGGCCUGGAAGUGUCGAAGAUAUCGAGCUUCUGACAAGAGGGUGCUUGCCUCGAACACAAACCUGUGCGGAAUGCACAGUAAGUCGUCUUGCCCCCCUCAUGAAUCUUAUGGUAGCUCUGUCGACAUGGAGGUGUUUUUUUCUUGGUCAGCGUGCUGUUCGAAUUUUUCCAGCCUCAUUUAAGUCGAAAUAUUGAGUUGAAGCAUUCGCGAAAUUCGGUGGUAGGCAGCCCAGUGAUGAUAAGAUCGAAACCCAACUGCAGCUUGCUUGGGUGUGGUGGAUUUUGUUGAUGGCGGCCCUGCUUCAAGUUUCGACUGUCCUCUCGUCCAAGUGGGGAGGGACCCUGCAAUGCAAUGCUUCUUUGAAGUCCCUACGCUCCCAUGCUUCCUUGAAGUCCUCGUCACAAUGUAGAUCUGUUCCUGGCUUCAGAGAUACAAGCUUUGACAAGCUAUUAUGGUAUACAAAUCCUUGCACCAGAAGGCAAAAGAGCGGAUGCCCAGGUCUUGCUCGAGCCAAAACAUCAGAUUACACGAUCAUAGAGAGAACCUGCCAAGUAGGGGAUCACUUCUUGGAUGAUUUGAGUACGUACAUCAUUCGCCAAACCUACAAAGUGAUUUCCAAGUAUCUACCGCCCGAUUGGGAUCCCCUUGGUUUUCUGCCGCUGAACGUUCAAACCAACCUUCAAAAAAAUGAAGCGAUUGCGACCCUGGUACUUCGCGAAACACUAGUGUUUUUUCUAUUUUACCUCGUAUAUCGCCGGGUAGGUCGAUUCUGCAGAUGGAUGUACGGCGUGUACCUGCGUGCGGAACGUAUAAAGGUGCAGGGUCGGGAACAUGCUUUUGACGACACUGAAUUUGAUGAAGAGGGUUUUGCAAUGUCGCCAUUUCGAGCCGCACGAAGGCCUUUUCGUUAUAUUAUUAUGCUUUGGGCCAGCACAAGACUGUUGUGGGUAGUAUCGAUAAUGUUCAAGUUGGAGAAACUCUGCACUCCGGAUUUAAUAUACGAUAUUCGAGCAUCGUCUUUCGUCAUUACGAUCACGUGGUUCUUUUUCCGUUGGAAACGACUCUACGUUGAACAUCUUCUUAUAACAAAACCAGAAAUUGAUAGCCAAAUAUUUGCAAUCGAUAAAAUAGCGUCGCUACUUAUGUAUGGCCUAGCAGCAUCGUGCGUCGCUGAGGUCUUGGGCAUGGCACUGGGUUCACUUCUAGCUGUUGGUGGAGUCUCUGGUCUAGCGGUGGGUUUAGCGGCCCAGGAAGUUGUGGGAAACAUGUUUGGUGGCGCAUCUCUCUUCCUUACCCGGCCAUUUGAUAUUGGUGAAAAAAUUAAGGCUGGAAGUGUAGCGGGACGUGUGCAGGAUAUUGGAUUCAUGCAAACCAAGGUUCAGGGUUUCGACGGCGUUCCUCUGCUUGUUCCUAAUAAAGCAUUCACCAGUCAGGUUAUCACGAACUUUUCAAGGGCAAACUCUAGGGUGCUUGAGGCAACUUUUCAGCUGGAUAACAGACAUAUCUUCAUGGUGAACAGUAUAACAGAGGAAGUCACGAAAAACUUGCUUUCACAUCCAAAUAUUGACAGCUCAAGGACCAGCCCCAUCUGCUACUUGCGGACUAUGGGAGAUGACGGGCCUGAGAUAUCCGUUACCUGUGUCGUUAAAGCCAGUGGAGGUGCAGUCUUUUACAGGAUUCAACAAGAGAUUCUUGUACAAACUGCGCAGAUUAUUACUGAUAUUCUGGGACCCGAUUCUCCAUUCAUGCCUCUCGACACAUCCUCUACUCAAGAAUCUGAGCGUAGAAAUGAAGAGCGCGUGAAACGAGCAGAGGAAGAGAAAUUGGAGAGAAAAUUGAAGAGGGAGAAAGAAGAAAAGAGGAAUAGAAAACGGGAGGAUAUCAAUAUCAGCUUUUUGUAAGAACCACUUGAAAGAAGACUGAAGAGUUUGUUCAUUUGCUAAAGCACUUGGGAAUUGUCUUUCUUCUUCUGCUGUUAUGAAAAGCUCAUUUGAAAAUGAAUUAAGAGAUUGAUUCUGGAUGCU